AUGUUGAUUGGUUAAAAUCCGCCAGCUUCCACUUUCACGUCACUCCAGUUCGACAGAGGACAGGUUCAAGAUGGCAGCGUCCCUGAGGUGCUUUCUCCGCUCCGGAAAGAAUACCGUGUCAGCUCUGCAGCGGCGGGAAUUUCACAGGAGCGCUCCGGCCGCAGUACAGAUGACAGUCCGUGAUGCCCUGAACCAGGCAAUGGAUGAGGAGUUGGAGAGGGACGAGCGGGUGUUCCUGCUGGGUGAGGAAGUCGCCCAGUAUGACGGUGCCUACAAGGUGAGCAGAGGACUGUGGAAGAAGUAUGGAGACAAACGAAUUAUUGACACUCCAAUCUCAGAGAUGGGGUUUACUGGUAUUGCAGUGGGAGCUGCUAUGGCUGGUCUGAGACCCAUCUGUGAAUUUAUGACCUUUAACUUCUCCAUGCAAGCCAUUGACCAGAUCAUCAAUUCUGCAGCAAAGACCUACUACAUGUCAGCUGGGCUACAGUCAGUCCCAAUUGUUUUCAGAGGCCCUAAUGGAGCAUCAGCAGGUGUCGCUGCACAGCAUUCACAGUGCUUUGCUGCAUGGUACGGUCACUGUCCAGGACUGAAGGUUGUAAGUCCAUGGAACUCAGAAGAUGCUAAAGGCCUCUUGAAAUCAGCCAUCAGAGAUGAAAAUCCUGUGGUGGUGCUGGAGAACGAGCUGCUGUAUGGCGUUCCCUUUGAGAUGUCAGAGGAAGCGCAGUCCAAAGACUUCACCAUUCCCAUUGGAAAAGCAAAGAUUGAGAGACAAGGCAAUAGCGUCACCCUCGUUGCUCACUCUCGGUAUGUUGGUCACUGCCUGGAUGCCGCAGCUGUCCUUGCCAAAGAGGGAAUAGAGUGUGAGGUGAUCAACCUUCGGACCAUCCGACCCAUGGAUGUGGAGUCUAUUGAGACCAGUGUGAUGAAGACUAAUCACCUGGUGACUGUUGAGGGUGGCUGGCCUCAGUUUGGGGUUGGAGCAGAGAUCUGUGCCAGGAUCAUGGAAGGUCCUGCCUUCAACUACCUGGAUUCUCCUGUUACCAGAGUAACUGGUGUAGACAUCCCCAUGCCAUACGCUAAAAUCUUGGAGGACCACAGCCUGCCGCAAGUCAAAGACAUAAUCUUCUCUGUGAAAAAGACCCUCAACAUCUGAGACCCUCAUCCACCGGAGUCCUUGUUUACAGAUGGUGGCAAAAUAUCUAAUGUGUAAAUACCGCCAAACGCUCCAGAUGUUGAACAAUGCGCACACAGCUGUGUAGCUCAGAGCAGUGGACACCGUCUCAGUCAUCCCAGCACCUAUGUGUUAACUUUGUUACUAACUUGACUUAACUGUCUGUGGCUCUGGCUGCUCUCUUGCACUUUUCCCAAUUAAAAAAGAAAAAUGUAUCGUACAAUCUGUUGGCUGUAAUUUAUUGUCAAGUUAAAUUUUUGACUCUUCCCAAAGUUUACCAAUUAGUCUGGACUCUAAAGGCUGUAAAGUAUCUGUAAACUGUUCUCGGCUAUUUGCUUUCAAUUACCCUUCUCAAGAAGUUCUUCAGAUUUGGAUAAUCAUUUUUAUUUUUCCACUCUUUAUUCAGCUGAACUGGGAUGAAAGUCAUCCUGCUGCUGCCUUUAAAACGCACAGUUCACUUAACUUCUCAGACUUGGGUUUGUCUUUAAAAAUGGGAAAAUGGCUGUGAGCUGGAAAUAUUUAAUGUAGCGGCUCAUUUCUGUUGACUGUUACAGAAAUAAACUUUGAUCCUCA